AUGGCUUUUGCCGAGGUGGCAGACUUCCAGCUCUUGGUCCACGACCAAGCUCCAGGCGGAGUGUUGAGCUACAACCUAUUCUGGUGGAACCUCUACGGUGUCCGCGGCGGUAAUGGGGAGAGUGCCGGCCACCUCAUCAAAGCUGAGACCCUGGAGGACGGGCUCUUCGAUGUCAUGGGUUUCCAGGAAUGUGAGAAUGGCAUCCGUGUACUGGAGCCGGUGGGCUUGAUGGACCGCUAUGAAGUUCUGCAAGGUAUGCACGCCGUGUGCUUAGCCUACCGGAAGGAAGCCUGGAGAUUGCUGUCAAGAGGCAGCAAGGACGUUGGGGAGGAUAUGAAGUCCCACUACUACGGACACCGCGGCGUGGUCUGGAUGCGCCUUGUUCACAAAACCACUGGCAGAAAGCUGCUCUUCGCCAACCACCACGGGCCGCUGGAAGUGAACUCUGGUGGUGCCCGCGGCGGUGACUCCAUCGCCAAGAACCUGAUAGAAGUUCUUCGGAGCAGUUCCGAACCAGGGGACUCCAUCAUACUGGUGGGAGACUUCAACGCCAACUCGGCGUCCCGCACCAUCCAGGCUCUUUGGUCCCGGAUGGUGAUGCUCUACGGCGGUGGGUCCUUCGGCGGAGUAGACAACAUCUUCGGCAACAUGGACGCGGCCUCCGUCGUGAGACGCAAGAAUCUGGGCAGUGGAGGCAGUGACCACGAUGCCAUUACAGUGACGGUGUCCGUGGGAACAGGAGCGCCGGAGGAGCUGCAGAGGUCCCCGCUCCGCCGAACCGGCGAGGUGCCGAGUGCUGCCCUGCAGGCAACGGAUGCGCUGAAAGUGAAUCCGCCUGGCGACGACUGGCAGCAUUUCUGGUGUGGACAGCUGGAGCCAGAUGUGGGCUAUGUACCUCCAGUGGGCAGCUGGUCCCGAGUGAUCAGCCACCGACCUGAGAUGGGCGACGACUUCGAUGUCGCAGCUCCGCAGCGAUGCUGCCGCCUUUGCCAGCGAGAGCCCAGGUGCAAGUCGUGGACAUGGAAAGAAGGAGGGCCUCGACGCUGCGAGAUGUAUGGAGAAGCCCCAAGCAAGAAGGAAUCCUUGCCCGGCCAUGUCUCGGGGCUGCCAGCCGUUGAAGCAGCCAGAGAGGCCGUCCAGGAAGCAGCUACUGCACUUCGAUCCCUGCCACGUCCGUGA